AUGGCCUCUCUCAACCUCUCCGCCAACGGCCCUUCGAUCACCGCCAGCUACCAGAAGAUCGUCCAGGCUGGGCCUCCUUCCGGACCAGCUGCAUCCUCUCCCACCUACGGGCAAUGGGCAGUGUUUACAGUGCAAGCCCCUCUGGUUAGCGCCUUCCAGGCAGAAUCCGGGAAAGAGAGCGUGCUCAAGGUCCAGACCACUGGCGAGGGCGAGCUGAUAGACAUGAUUGAAGAAUUCUCCGACGGCCGCAUCCAAUUUGCUUUUGUCAAGAUCAAGGACCCCAACACCGGUCUCCCCAAAAGCGUCCUGAUUGCAUGGUGCGGUGAGGGCGUGCCGGAGCGAACGAAGGGCUACUUCACCAGCCAUGUCAACGCGGUUUCCAAGGUCCUACACGGCUACCAUGUCCAAAUCACCGCUCGUUCCGACCGAGACCUUACGCCGGAAUCCAUCGUGCAAAAGGUGGCCGACUCUUCCGGGUCGAAAUAUGGAGGAGGUGGAGCUGCGUCGUCUGCUACCUCGACAGGCGGCCCUCCACCGCCCGUAGCAUCCAAGCCGGUCAUGCCUACAAAGAGCUUUGGAGCUGCUGGCGGUUUCCAGCCACUCGCCUCAAGAUCCCGCGCACCCGCCCCAUCCGGCGGAGUAGAUGCGGAUGGUUGGGGCGCCGAUGCGCCGCCAGUCACGAGAUCACAGCUUGAAAAGGUGCAAGCUGCAUACCAGCCAACUAAAGUCGACAUGGCUUCUCUUCAAUCGCAGAGAGAACCGUCGAGAUACCAAGCACCACAGCCAGCAAGCGAUGACAAUGCAGAUGUGGUCAGAGGCGGCUACCAACCCAUUGGCAAGGUGGACAUUGAGGCGAUCAGGCGCGAAGCCCAGCAAUCCGGCAGAGUGCAAGACGAUCGGCCUACGGUGGUGAAAGGGGCUUAUGAACCAGUCGGCAAGGUGGAUCUCGCCGACAUAAGAAGGAAAGCGCAAGGAGCGCCCGCUCCAGCACCUGAACCGACUCCUCAGUCUUCAGCAGCAGAUGAUGACGACCGGCCUAAAUCCCUCGCCGACCGAUCUGCUGCCUUCACGUCUCCCGGAAGGCUAACUUCGCUACCCAAGCCACAAGUCGCAAGCAGAUUCGGCGCACAAGCGAGCGCCUUUGGUGGGACUCGAGCUCCGCAGCCAGGCGGAUUCGAUGCCAAACCACCGCCGCCGGCCGCUGCACCCGUGGGAACCGCGAGCAAGACCUUCGCGGAUGAAGGCGGCAAGACUCCAGCCCAGAUCUGGGCCGAGAAGAAGGCGCGAGAGCGCGGUGUCAGCGGAGGCGCGGACACACAGCCAGCAGGCUUUGGAACACCGGCCUCUCCGCUUCAAAGCCAGACCAGUGGCGGAUGGCAGAGCGGGUACAGUGGGAAGAAAUGGGGCGUGCAGAUACCCAGCACGCGCACUGGCGGGAGCGGCGGCGUGCCUGAAGCGCCAGCGGAGGAAGAGCCCGAGACGGAACCAACUGCCGGUGGUGUCAGCUCGAUCCGGGAUCGAUUCAAAGAUGCUCCGCCUAUGGGCGCCGCAAGCGACUCGUUCGGUGCAGCACCAGCACCUCCACCUCUCGAUACCGCAAGCAAGCCGAAUGCCGGGGCUCGAGGCGUGCCUAUCCCUGGUCUCCCGCAGCGGAUCCAAGAAUCCCCCGCCGAGCAGCACCAAGACCUGCCUCCUCCCCCACCCCGACCGGUCCCGCAAGACGAGCAAGAAGAGGAGGAAGAAGACAACGAGCCGCUACCCCAAGGCUCGCCCGUCCGCAUCGCCAUGCCCGUGGGCCGCGGCGCAGACACCGAGAUUGAAAAGCACGAGCCACUCCCACCGCGCGGGCUACCCGCCGCCUCAAUCAACGACGCCAUCUCCCAGCACCGCGAGCCCUCACCAGCCCCUCAAGUGCCCGACGAAGAGCCUGCACGCGCCGCCGGCCAAGCCGCCGCCGCGUCGACCUUCGGCGCAGCCGUGGAUUCCCGCGGCGCAGGAUCUUCAGGUGGCCGCGAAGCGAUUGCGCAAUUCGACUACGAGAAAGCAGAGGACAACGAGCUCGACCUCGCGGACGGCGAGCGGAUCACUAACAUCGACAUGGUGGAUGACGAUUGGUGGAUGGGGCAGAACUCGAAGGGCGAAACGGGCUUGUUCCCUGCCAACUAUGUCGAGCUUGUGGAGGGUGGAGCGGGUGGUGGUGCUGCUGCUGCUGCUGCUCCCCCUCCACCGCCUCCUGCCGCUGCUGAGCCCGAGCCCGAACCUCCCGCUCCUGCUGCCGUUGCUGAAAAUGCUGGUGGGCAGACUGCCACAGCGCAGUUUGACUAUGAGGCUGCGGAGGACAAUGAGAUUAGUUUCCCCGAUGGGGCGAAGAUCACCAACGUCGAAUUCCCCGACGACGACUGGUGGAUGGGCACGUACGGCGGCAAGAGCGGCUUGUUCCCAGCCAACUACGUGGAACUCGAUCAAUGA